UGCCUGUGACACACCAGGAGGAAUCGGCAGAGAAAGAGCGUACAACCGUGGGUGUCUCUCUCGCUGUCUCUUUCUCUCUCACACACACACGUAGACAGAGGGUGAAAUAGAACAGUGUCAGACGAGGCCUCGCAACCCGAGUGACACAAUUGUGUGUGUUGCAAAUGAGGAGCACAUGGCUCACACUCCCAGGGAACUGGUCUCCAAAGACCCCGCCGACACUCCACUGAUCACAGUAACUGCAGUGACACAAGGCGGGUACACCUGGCCUCGUGCUCGUCCCCACUGAGGUUCUUCUCCACUGAGGAAGGAGGAGACCGAGCUGCUGCUUCUCGACUUGGUCAUUCCGGGACUGGACCCUCCUCCUGGGGGUGGAGACACGUCGAGACCCCGUUAGUUGUGCGCUAUUUAGGAGCCCGAGCAGCGACCGGGUCAAAGAAGGUUUUCGGGACGGGAGAUGCGGGACUGCGCGAGGCCCGAUUGAACCGAACCGAGAGAACAGAAACCGAGAAGCGGGUGCGGCAUCCAGCGUCAGGAGGGCAGAGGUUCGAGAGAAGGAGCGACCGGUGCAACCACUGAGAGACUCCCCCCAGCAGAGGCACCAUGAGCUGGAGCUUCCUGACGCGGCUGCUGGACGAGCUCGCCAACCACUCCACCUUCGUGGGGAAGAUCUGGCUGACGAUGCUCAUCAUCUUCCGCAUCGUGCUCACGGUCGUGGGCGGCGAGUCCAUCUACCACGACGAACAGAGCAAGUUCAUGUGCAACACGGCGCAGCCCGGCUGCGAGAACGUCUGCUAUGAUGAGUUUGCGCCGCUCUCCCACGUCCGCUUCUGGAUCUUCCAGGUGAUCAUGAUCACGACGCCCACCAUCAUGUACGUGGGCUUCGCCAUGCACAAGAUUGCCCGCUUGGAGAGCGGCGAGUACCGGCGGCAGGAGCGCUGCCGGGCGCCGCUCAUCCGAAGGGCUUAUCGCAACUACGAAGAGGUGGAUGACGAGUGUGAGGACGACCCCGUGAUCGACGAGGAGAUGGAGCCCGACGAGAAGGAGAAGGAGAAAGAGGAGGAGGAGCAGCAGAAGACGACGACGAAGGCGGCGACCAAGAGGCACGACGGGCGCCGGCGCAUCAAGCGCGACGGCCUCAUGAAGGUGUACGUGCUGCAGCUGGUAGCGCGCCUGCUCUUCGAGGUGGGCUUCCUCAUCGGCCAGUACCGGCUGUACGGCUUUGAGGUGGCGCCGUCGUACGUGUGCUCGCGCAGCCCCUGCCUCUACACCGUGGACUGCUUCGUGUCGCGGCCCACCGAGAAAACCAUCUUCCUGCUCAUCAUGUACAGUGUCAGCGGUCUCUGCCUGCUGCUCACCGUCCUCGAGAUCCUGCACCUGGGCAUCAGCGGCGCCCGGGACACCUUCUGCAACGGCGCCGCCCGGCGCCCCCCGCAGGCACGUCCUCGUCCCCGGCCCCCGCUCCCCCGUCAGGCGGCCUCGGCCCCUCUGGGGUACUACGUGGCUCCGAGGAAGGGCCCCGGCGGGAAGCUGCUGCUCGGCGACUUCAAGGAGAGCCCGCUGCACUCCGGGCGCGAGUCGCUGCUGGACGAGGCGUCUUCCCGGGACCUCGAGCGUCUGCGCAGACACCUGCGGCUGGCGGAGCAGCACCCGGACCCGGCGCACCGGCGGGACGGGAGCAGCCCGGAGCGCAACGUCUCCGCUGCCGAGCAGAACCGCCUCAACCUCGCUCAGGAGAAGCAGCGCGCGCCCACCGACAAAGGUCAAAGCGCGUCCGAUUUGACGUCGCAUUUACCCGGAAGAUGAAUGUGCUGCUUUUACUCUUUUGGAGGAGGACUGAACUGUGGCCUCUCUCUCCCUGUAGGCGCCCAGCCCUGAACUACCUCUGACCUGACAUCUGACUGAGACUAGUGCUGCACAAAAACACCGUGGGGGGACGAGGUGCUUGUCUGUCUGUCUCUUCAGUAUUAAGGCUAGAGGAAGAGCACAACUGUAAGAAGCAACAUGUGGGUCACCAACCAGGUGCAUUAUACUGCCCCCAGUGGCCCUUUUGUGUCACUGCACAACGUGUCAGUGGAGCACCGACUGCAGGUGGAACAAACUUGUCUCGCAUCCCGAAGGUGGCUGCUGCUUUCAUCUUGUCGCCUAGCAACAAAGGGACAACUGACAAAUUCGGCGUGUUUACACAAGGAAAA